GGGGAGGAAGCGCAGAGACGGAAGAACACGGGGCAACUUUGCUUCUUUACACGAACACCCUGAGUAAAGAGCUCAGUUUCGAAAGAUCGUUAAUCUCAAAGAGGGCAAUUACACUUCAGAAUCAAUCACACUGAUGCUGAUGCUGCUGUUUCGUCCUGCAAGAGGGUGCAGACCCCAAACAAGGUGUCACAAAUUAACUUGACGCCGUUGUAUCACAUCUCAAUGUCCAAAGAAACGCUGCUUACUGAAAAAGCAAAUCCAGGUGAAGGAAGCGAAUUCCACUCUAGUAUCUAUUUCCUGAAUAUGGAACCUGCUGUAGAGGAAGCUGAAGGGUCCAAAACCUCUGAAAAUCACAUGUUAUGGGAGGAUCCUCAGACCCACCUGACCAUGAUUGAAACACCUUUUAACGUAAUUGGGCAUGAUGCAGAAAAGAAAAGGCAAGAACGCAUCAAAUGGCUGAUAGACACAGUAAAUGUGACCGCAUACAUUAAAAGUGCAGCUACUCGCUUUCCACACAUUGCCCAGGAAUGUGUGCAUUCGGCAAUCAUUGCUUUACGUGCAGUUUUCUGCACAAUGGAAGAGAUACCAAAUGAUCUGGCUUUGGCUAUAAUCCCCCAACUACUGGACCAGCUUCACUCAAAAGAAAGACCUGAUAUAUGGGAAGCUGUUCUGAAAACGCUGUAUGUGAUAACACAGAAAACAAACGGCACAAAUGGCUGGGAUCCCAAAUUUACUGAGAAGUUAUGCAAAACAGUUGCUCCUUUUGUCAAGAACCAACACUCCUCUGACAUCAGAGUCUACACAUACGGCGUCUUUGCAAACAUGCUUUCAGUUGAACAUGCGGUCAACAUCUUUCCAUCAGUGGGGAUCACUUCAGUGCCCGAGGACGUACUAUUAUCUGCAGAUAUGAAAAUGAAUGACAAGCCGAAAGAAGUUCUCAGACAGCUGAAAAAUCAUUUCACCUCACCAAACUUGGAAAAGCAAGAGUAUACAACUUCACCUAGAUCCAAGAAGAAGAAGAAGAAGAAGAAGAAGAAAAUGAAGGAAAAGUCAGAAAAGCAAGAAGAUCCAAGUGAUGAAGUUUGCACAGAUGCAACUGAUCCAGCAUCAGCUCCUGUUGUGGACUCGACUUCAAACGUCAUCACCUCUACAUCAUCAAUGCCACACAAAUGGCUGCAAAUCAGCAAGAGGUUUAAAAAAAAAUUGGAGAAGCUUCUGAUGACCGACGAAAGUAAAGUAACAAGAAUUGGGAACAUCAUGUAUGUGAAUGAUGCAGAAUUUCGCAUUGCAAAGGGAAGUGAUGGUACUGAAGUCUUCUUGGGUCUGAGAAAAGAUGGCACUGAACUUGCCAUUAAGAGAAUGUCUAAAAGCAACUACAAGGAGCUGAAGAACGAGGAGGGAAUCCUUCGACUUGCAGAGCUUGAUCAUCCAUCUGUUGUACAAUACAUUGACUAUGAAGGAGAUGAGAACUUCGGAUAUCUUUGUCUUCAACUUUGUGAGUACACCUUGGAAGAAUACAUCGAAAAGAUUGAUGACGGCUCGCAGAGAGAGAAACUUGUCAAACAGAUUCUGAAGAGUUUAAAGACGCUUCAUUGUCAAAAACCUCCAAUUCUCCACCGCGAUCUCAAGCCACGGAAUGUUCUGAUCGAUGUUAACGGGAGGGCGAGAUUGGCUGAUUUUGGCAUCAGCAGGCGAUUACUCGAUGACCAAACAACUCAUCGCACCAACAGAGCAGGAACAAAAUGCUGGAUGGCCAAAGAGACUUUAACAGGGAGAGGCAAAAUACCAUACAAGUGGAGCAGCGACAUACAGGUGGCGGGCAUGCUAAUCUAUUUUGUCAUCUCUGGAGGACACCAUCCUUUCGGUGACAAAUCCUAUAAUUGUGAGUACAACAUCUAUGAAGGGAACUACAGUUUGCACCAUGUUCAGGAUGUGGUGGCGAAGGAUCUCAUCGAGUGGAUGAUCACUGAAGAACCAAAGGACAGGCCUAAAGUGGAAGAAUGCUUGAGUCAUCCCUUCUUCUGGACCCCUGAAAGAAGAGUCGAAUACUUGAGAAGGAUCGGAAACAUGCCGGACAUGGCAAAGCAUAAAGAUGCAGACCCAGAAUUAAUUUCCUCAAUGGAAGAAAGUGCUGGGGUUGGAUCUUUCAAACUGUGGAAAGAGAAGUUUCCAGCAGAGGUGGUCCAGAAGAUGGAAGGCUCCAAGAAACCAUACAGUGACAACAUUCUGGGGUUACUGCGCUUCAUACGAAACCUCUAUGAGCACGAUGCCGAGGAUGCGUACAAAGUUGAUCUCAUGUCGAUGUUUCCUGGUCUCUUUGGAUGCAUUUACACAUUUGCCAACAGGGAAGGGUGGAAUUUAAAGACACCCCUGCAGGAAAUGUUUGAAACAUUGUUUUCCAGAGUUAAAAAGCCCUCCACAAAGGUGGAGCAUCUCAUCGCCCCAGUUCAAGAAUCCCAACCCCUUCUGAGCCAACAGCAAAUCCAACAGGGGAACCUUAACUCUGCUAUUGACACUGGAGUCAAAGGCCAGUGAAUGAAGUCAAUGGGGGAUGUGAUUUGCUGAAAUGAAUGUAAAUGAAUGAAACAUUUCAUUGCAGCCUGUAAGAUGUAUUUAAAAUGUUGCUAUAAGAUCGUGUGAAAGUUUGCUAUUAUAAUAUGUGUCUGAUAUUGAGAGACAAUUGAUGACAUGAUUGGGUGGAAGGUGGGACAAACACUCAGUCCUUUGACCUUUACCAGACGACAUUCAUAGUCACAUAAAGGGUGCAUCUCAUGUCACAAAAUUGUUGUGUCCUCGCUCGAACCAGAAGUACUUCUGGUCCGCCAUCUUGUCGGUCGUCCCAAAGCACAUUUUGCGGCUCUGAGGAGCGAGGAGGAAUCUUUUUUUUUUUAUUUAUUUAUUUUUAAAUAUUGUCACGCAUGACAUACAACACAACACCACUCACAGCAUGCCUUAUUUACAUAUAUACAUACAUAUACAGAAAAAAAUGUCCAGGGGUAUCUCACUUUUGUUCAGUUCAUAAAUAAAUCAUGUAAUUCCCAAGGCUUCACAUAUUCGCACAGUUUUGAUCGCCUUUUGGUUCUUAAGUCCUGUCAAUGUCCCAAUAUAAUGUCCGACUUACAUUUUAAAUUGCUGGAUUUGUGUGUGUGGAAUUGUCCAAAUAAUAUCAAAAGGUUUAACACAAAAAUGUCUUUGCUUUC